GGGCGGGAACUACGUGUCCCAGCAUGCGGCGCGGCCCCGCGGGGGCCGGGGGUUUGAACGGAGGGUCUCGAGCCCCGCCGGGCUGCGUCGGUGCGGCGGGUGCGGGAGGAGCCGGAGCCGAGGCCGGGUCUGGCGCAAGGGGCUGCGGGGGCGCCGCCCCCCAGGCGAGGAUGGGCAAAGAGGAGGAGAUAGCGCGGAUCGCCCGAAGGCUGGACAAGAUGGUCACCAAGAAGAGCGCGGACGGCGCCGUGGAGCUGCUGCGCGAGCUGAGGGCCAUGCCGGUGACGCUGCCCCUGCUGCAGUCCACCCGCGUUGGCAUGUCCGUCAAUGCCCUGCGGAAACAGAGCUCGGACGAGGACGUCAUUGCCCUGGCCAAGUCGCUCAUCAGAUCCUGGAAGAAGCUGCUGGAUGCAUCUGACACCAAGGUCAGGGACAGGAGGCGGGGCACCAGUGUGUCCGCGACGUCAAGGGACACGCCAGAGGCCUCGGACCCCAGCCGCAGAAAGCCCGAGCUGCCCAGGACGCCGCCCACCCCCAGGAUCACCACGUUCCCCCCAGUGCCGGUCACCUGUGAUGUUGUGCGUAACAAGUGCCGGGAGAUGCUGACUGCUGCCCUGCAGACGGACGAUGACCAUGUGGCUGUGGGCGCAGACUGUGGACGCCUCUCGGCCCAGAUCGAGGAAUGCAUCUACCGGGACCUGGGGAGCACGGACCUGAAGUACAAGAACCGAGUGCGGAGCCGCAUCUCCAACCUGAAGGACGCCAGGAACCCUGAGCUGCGGAGGAAUGUGCUGUGCGGCACCAUCUCCCCCCAGCAGAUCGCCGUGAUGACAUCAGAGGAAAUGGCCAGCGAGGAGCUGAAGGAGAUCCGCAAGGCCAUGACGGAGGAGGCGAUCCGGGAGCACCAGAUGGCCCGCGCGGGGGGCGCGCAGACGGACCUGUUCACCUGCGGCAGGUGCCACAAGAAGAGCUGCACCUACACGCAGGUGCAGACCCGCAGCUCUGAUGAGCCCAUGACCACUUUUGUCGUCUGCAACGAGUGUGGCAAUCGUUGGAAGUUCUGCUGAGCUGUGUACGCAUGCGCUCCACCCGGGCCAUGGCCGGCGCCACCCU